GCAAUCGUCAUGUGGUUCCUGGGUUCUAAGAAAAAAACAGCGGAGAAAAUGAAAGCUUCGGUAGAAGUAACAUUGUUGUGGUAUUCUUGCAAAAAGUGCAUCGUGUUUCAUGAAGAGCAGGGCGCCAGGCAGCGCUUACCUGUUCGCGUUUAAAACUCCAGGCCAUUUACACAGACAUUCAAAGUGUUUCAGCCGAACAUCAAACUAUGGGUAUUUCGCUAUAAACAUAUAGGCCACUUCAAAGACGAUACAAAGGAGAGCGUGCCUCGCGCUUCAUAAAGGAAAAUACACCGUGCAGGCAGAAAUGGAGACUGCAAGAAGGAUUCUUGUUCAUCUGUCCAAGGAGAACUCUCUGCCACAGUGUGCUCGAUUUGUCCAGAGUAUCACUGGUCAUUUUAAUGGAUGUCAUAAUGACAGAGUUACUGUGAACUGUGUACUAGAGAAUAAUAAAUUCAUUUUAUCAGAUCAUGAAGUUGAAGGAAACCCAGGGCUAAUCCUCAAGCGGGCUCAUUUUUGUCCUCUAAAACACCUCUCAGAGAGUGAAGCCAGUAUGCUUCCAGUGGAUAUCCGUGAUCGUGGAGUAGAUGUGGGUGUGGCCAUACUACUACAAUCUGCCAAUGAGAAAGUUCUCCUGACACGACGGGCAACUAAUCUAGCUAUCUUUCCAAAUGUCUGGGUACCCCCAGGUGGCCAUGUGGAGCUUGGAGAAAAGCUUGUGGAUGCUGGAAUGAGAGAACUUCAGGAGGAAACGGGCAUCACCCUGGGCCCAGAAGAAUAUUCUCCUCAAAUGCUAGGACUGUGGGAGUCUGUGUUUCCUCCAAUGCUGAGCCGAGGAUUGCCAUGCCGCCAUCAUAUUGUCUCAUACAUGCUAGUACAAAGCACACAAACCCAUCAUGAGUUAGAGGAGAGAUUACGCCCAAAUCCUCAGGAGGUCAGUGCCUGUGUUUGGGUUGGCCCUGCUGUUGUGCAAGCCAUUGUCUCAUCAAUUGACGGUGAAGAUGAUUGUGGAAGAGUGCCAGAUGACCUCCCGGAAGCUGUGAGGAUAUCAGAGGUCAUGAAGGAUGGUGUUUUGCAUCAAACCAAUUUGCCUCUUUCUGUGCUCAUAAAUAAAGCAACAACACAAGGACCAGACAUUGAGAGGGUUAGUACUGGUACAAAGUUUGCCCUGGAACUAUGGCUGAAGACUCUAGCGAUCACACAGAGGAGUGACAGAAAUCAAAAUGAAAAAGGUGCUGACCCUGUCCAAUAGAGAAUGAGAAAAAAAAAACAUAUUUAAAGUGGAUUGCUUCUUAAAAGUUGAGAACCAAACAUAGAAAUAUUAACUGUACAGAGGACAUGAAACUGAAGAUUGAUCCUCUCUGAUAUUUCAUUGCAAAUAACAUGUCUUUGUGAACAAUUGUUAAAUAAUGGUAAAGUUGUUAUUAUUCCUUUUUAUAGGUCUCUUACUCAUUUUUGAGUGUUAUUUACUGUAUACAGUCACCACAAUAAAAACAGACCUGAGGUUAUCAGACAGUGAAACUAAUUUACAGUACACAUAGAGCAGAUAUCUUGUUUAUACACAUUUUGACCUUCAUUUGCAGGAUAUAAUUUCUCAACAGCUCUUGGCUUAAAACAGUUCAUUUGAAUAGCUGAAAGUUAAUUAUAACAAUUUUUUGCACUUUGGAGUCUGAACCUUUAUGCAUCAGUAUAAAGAAUUGGCAAAAAGGUGGGCCUGGCAUGAAGGAGGUGAAUAUACCACAGAACUGAGCCUUGCUCUUCAAAGCAUUUUCUUAGUAGAGAGAAAAAAUAUGUAUGUAUUAUAAAGUAAAGAAAAUAAAUAAUGUAGCAUUCUCAUGUGCAUUAAUAGGAAAGACCCUUAUUUGUACACAGUCCAUUGUUUUCUCAUAAUUGUUGAAGUAUGUUAAAUAUGUAUGAAAUUCAAAUGUGUACUUCUCAUUCCCACUAUGUUAAAAAAAUAACUUUGUGCCUCAGGAAACAGCUGACCUUAUUCCUUUGGGAAAAAUACUCCUUCAUGUUUCACUUUUUACAUGAUUUAGUCAUGCAGACUACUGUAAAAAAAAUUAUGCUUAUAUUUUGGAUUUAUACUCAGUGUUUUCUUUUUCCUUUGAAUUAUUGGAUUUUAGGCCAUUAGGAUUUUAUGCCUGUUGAAAGUAUCUCGGUCUAGUUUAUUUCAAGAAGAAAAGCAAUACACUUAAUCAAUGAUGAUAAAAGCAAUAAAAAUGCUUUAUCAGUGUCUGUCUCCUUUCUCCACACACUGAUUCUCUUUGUUGAUGGUAACAUACAUUUAUACUCAUAAGUGGUGUUCAGUCUGCCACAAAGUAUUGGUUCAGGAAUAAAGCCAUUUGAAAGUCUGGUUUAGGAAUCUUUUAAUAGAUGACAAUGGUACUGAGUUUUCUGGUUUUAUCAACAGAAAAGCGAUUGGCUUAUAGGUGGGUAAGAAAAAAAGGUCUUUUCUUGUUCAUUCGUUUGGUUUCUAAGAGGUACAAUCAAAGAAAAAUGUCUUCUACAGCUUUUCUCACUCAUUCACUUUCUUAGAAACACCUGUAUGCAAAUGGAUAGUCGAUGUCUGUUCAACUUUCAAGUUGUUGCCAGUGUCGAUUUCUUUGUAUAGAUGCAGGUUUUUCUUGGGAUUUCAAUGGGGUGAACCCAUGCUUAGCUAGCAUAUGUUAAACAGUAAAGGUCCAGUCACCAUCUGAUAUGUUUUAAUGCUUCCUCCUCUUUAUCAUGCACUUUUUGUUGAUUUUCCAGUUUUGUUUCACAGUAUUGACGCCCAAACUUGUAUGCCUCUUUUAAUUUAGAGAAUGGAAGAUCCUUCAAUUUCUGAUCCUUUUUGCUUAAAGCAGAUUUUAUAUUUAAAGGAAAUUUUUAAAGCAUCUGUUUUGAUAGGGUGUGGUGUAAAUGGAGAAUAUUGCUGCAUUUGUUAAUUUAUGUCUCGGCUUACUAGCAGCAAAACAUAUAGCUGAAACAGGAAUGUCUAACAUGGGUAAAGUUUUGGAGAGGGAUAAAUGGCUUCAGGUUGUGUAACUGUACAUACCAUCCUUUUACUUCUAAAGUAAAAUGUUUUCUUCUCAGGAUAUUAGUUAAUUAUCAGUGAGGCCAUGGUAUAGUCCAGCACCUGCUGUUCAUUCUGCCUAGUCUGGAAGGUAGGGUGAACAAUAGAAAUAGGACAGCAUUUAUACCUAAUUGUUUUUGACAUUGUUUUGUGUAUUGCUCAUUUUUUCAAUAUCUGACUGUUAUUUAAAUAUCUUUGGUCUGAUUAAAAAAAAAGCAAAUGUAAACAGCAGCUAGAUAAAAACUUGCUUUCUACUUAAAGUUAAUUAAGAAUUUCAGUCUCAGACUUCAGUUGCAUUAUUUUGAAUUUUGAAAAACUAGAAAAAAUUAGAAAAGAGGGGUUGCUAAUCCACUCUGGCCCACUAAACGUAAAAGAUAGUCUUAUUAAAAAAAAUUAAAUUUGAAUUGGUAAAGUGUUUGACGUGGGAUAAUAAGAACAGGAAUAACUCAGAUAAUUAGCUUACUUAUUCAUUAGCAGAAAAAAAUGACUUGUAGCUAAGAAAGUAAUGUGAAUACUUUGCUGCAGACAGAGCAGGUUUCAAGAGUUCAGUUUGAAGUGUCUGCAUCUUCAGUUUGGUUAUCACAGCAGAGUUUUGCCAGGCUGUGGUUCAGCAACUUUUUUUACUGCAGGUAAUCUCUUAAUUAGAAACGGAUUCCUAUAUUUUCCAACAGCUUUGGGAGCAUCAUAUUGGUUUUGUUGCCUCAUUGUUCCUCUGCUCCCAAACACAUACAGUCCAUUUUAUAUUAACUAGCAUCUAGCAUCUCGAUGGUUGUGUGUGCAGUUCCUGCUUUUACUUUUACCUACUAGGAUAUAUGCAGACAGGCCCAGUGACCGUGAAGGCUUAAAAAAUGACUGAACUGGUGACUCCUGCUUCUAUGAUUCCAUAAAAUUGACAGUUGUACCAAAAUUUACACUUUUGGUGCUUCUCUUAUUUGCAAAAGAUGAAUUUUGUACAGUAGAGAGAGCGUGUUUCUAGCCUUUUUUAUUUUGUCAGGAUAAAAAUAUUUGCGCUAGUAUAUGUAUGUGUAUAUGAGUGUGUGUGUGUGUGUUCACACAUCUGUCCUUGCUCAGAUAGGUUCCAGCUUCCCCACAACCCCAGCUCAGGAAAAAGUGGGCUUCAAAGAUGGAUGGAUUAAUGGAUGGAUAUUUUUUUACAUUUGCAAAUGAACAAGAAUGCAUUGCUUGACUAAUUGCAAAGUAAUUUUCUAGCCUGAUUCUUUAAGUUAAAAAAAAAAACACUCCUUAAAAAGCAAUGAGUGUAACAAUCAAUUUUUAUUAACAAAACAUUGUGAACACCAAUUUUCUUUAUAAAACAAAUAACGUUGGGUGUUUUUCCUUCCUGUUUUUGUUUUUUGAGAACGUGCUGGGGAAGUUGGAGCAUGAAGCAGGAAUUCGGAGUGUUUUUUUUUUUUGCUUUGACUUAACUGUGAAUAUCAGAGAAUUAAUCUUGAGCGUUCUGAUGAUAAUGCCUGAAACAUUUUCCUGUGCUGUGAAAAACUGCACAAAUUAUUGUCAAGAUGCUCUGUUACUUGUGUGUGUCAUUUUUGGGCGAGAAGGGGGCAGCUAUGCUGGUGGAACCCCCAAUGCAGUGUGAAAAACUACCAAAGAUUUUUCUGAGUCUCUUUUUGAAAGAAAAGAAAAAAACACCUGGGAAUGGAGUGGUCAUCAGAAUUUUAUUACUUCUUCUGGGACUGAAUGAUGAGUUAUCACAGCCAUGUUGUAUGAUUCUUUGUAUCACUGUGUAUUUGCUGUUAAUAGUUUUGAUGCAAAUAAAUACCAUUUUCAAGUAAAA